UAACAUUCCGCCCUCCCUUACGGCGUGUAAUCCAGCGCGAUGACGUCUGGAUGCUUCGGUGGGCAAAUAACCGUCGUCAUCAUUGUCGACUGAGCCAGCUUUUUCUGUCUCCAUCCUGUGUUGAAAACAUUCAUUUUUCCCACACCUCCCGCGCUGUUUGGGCUCACUCUCGAGGAGAGCUGCUGACAUAUUUGCCAAGCAUCAUCGCCAAACCACUUGUGCUUCAUCCGCAAUGAGUAACCAACAACCCGAAUCUCCCCGCCACUGGCACGGUUCCAUUGGCGAUCGCCACGAGCAUCAUAAUGUCUGGGUAAGAGGUGGUGCUGCACAGGCCUAUCAGGGCCGACGACCUUCUAUGACCGAGGCUGUCAAUGCCAUGGAUGACAGACGUGACUCCGCGUCUUCCGCGACUUCUGCGAAUAACAACAGUCCGCCCGUGGCUCCGGAGAGAAGAAGAUCCAGCGGCCACGGACCGUCGACUCUUUUUGAGAGUCUGACAAGUCAGAAGCGGAACUCGACCGAUUCAGCUCGUCGGGCAAGCUACCAUGAACAGUCCCAGCAGGGCGGCUUUUUCUCGAAAUGGUGGGAUGGAUAUACGCGUGGCAAUUAAACCGAAUUCGUAGUUUGAUAGUAUCGUUCAAGGCAGGGAAUAGGUAUGCUGGACAAAGGUUCGUCGGUCGCAUGUGGGACAGACAUUAUGUUUCCAUCACUUUGAUGUAUUUGCUUUGCUGCGUUUUUUGUUAUCACAUAGGCAUUGGAUGAAAGUAACCAGAGAAUUUG